CAAAGUCUAUGGUGAAAAAACCUAAGAAGAAAUGAAGAAAAAAAGGAGAAAAAAAUCUUAGAAACUCCCAUUCCAAAUGAAUUUCACUUAAUCUUUAUCCCAAAUCAUGAAACUUGUCGGAUUAGCGUUAAUUUACACAGCGUUGACGCUCGCACUCCUCGUUGCUUUCACCGUCUUAAUAUGCAUCAGAGCUAACAAAAAGAAGGCGAAAUCCAGCGACGGAAAAGUGACGACGAUCACGACGACGCCGAUUUCGUUGCUGGAAGUUAAGGUCACGCUUCCGUUUAAAGUAAUAUUUGGUGAAAUUAAGGUUGCCGAGAAGUUUGAUCCACCGGAAAUAGCUCAAAUCCCUAAAACAAGGCUCGGCGAAGGUACUUUAGGGACGUUGUUUAAGGUUGUUCUCCAAUGCGGUUCGAUCAUAACGAUUCGGAAGAUUCGAGAAGGGCUGAUUAUGAAUGCCAGUGGUCUGGAGUUGUGGAUCAAUUUCUUUGGCGGGAUGAAGAACGAUUGGUUGUUGCCGAUACUUUUUAGCUUUUGGUACGGCGGCGAAGCUUUUAUUUUGUACGAGUAUUUGAUCUUGGGAAGCUUGGAGGAGCUUUUACAUGGCAGUGAAGGAGUUCAGUUCACUCCACUGAACUGGGAAAUAAGGAAAAAAAUAGCACUAUAUGCAGCCCAAGCGGUGGCAUUAAUCCACAGCCGAGUAACCAAAAAUGGCGAACCACUCAUUUGCGGUGUGAUCAAAGCUUCUAACAUCCUAAUCCGAGUAGAUUUCUCCGCGUGCCUAUCUAGCUACGAAACACCGUACUUAGUCCCUCUUGAAAUGAUCGUCAAACGAAACCCAGGUCGAGUUGCGCCGGAGCUAAAGUACCAUUAUCAGAAAACAUUCACACAAAAAUCCGACGUUUACAGCUUUGGGAUUUUGUUGUUAGAGCUAAUCACGGGGCAAAGGCCUUCGAUGACGAACUUGAGCGCUUACUUGCGUGAGAAGAAAAUAAAGGGAGCAGCAUUAGACAAUUUAUGCGAUACGAAGAUGGGGAGUGAAGUGAAUGAAAGCAUGGUGGAGAUGAUUGAAAUUGCUUGGAGUUGCUUGUCUUGUAAGCCAAGAGAUAGGCCAUCCAUGGAUGAUGUCGUUCACAGGAUCCAAGUAUCGUAAGUUAGUCAGUACCAUAUCGGCAGCUGGACGCAUUGUUCUUUUUAAAACUGUGUUCUGUUUGAUGCAAUCAGAAUAAGGAGGAAGGGACUGAUGUGAUUGGUACAAGCUGGAGUUUUUAAUUGAUGCGAAAUUAACUAUAUUUACGGUAAGUAGUUGGUGUUUUUUCUCUGAUAGAAGACAAAUUAUGUUCUAAGGAUACAUUAUCAUGUAUCUAAAUGUUAUAAAAAAAUAAAAUGAAGAAGUAAAGUAAAAAAAAUGGUGAAACUUUUUUUUGUUU